AUGAAGUCACCAGCAUAUUUACUUGUUGCGCUUCUUCCUCUUGUCACCCAGCUCACUGUCGCAACACCGGUCGCGGAGCCGGAUCUCGAUGCCCUUGAGGAGCGAGGUGGAGGCGGCUACGGAGGCUGGGAUAAAAAUAACGGAUGGAAGGAUGAUGGAUGGAAAGAUCAUGGUGGGUGGAAAGACAAGAACGUUUGUGAGGUCAAGCGAACCUAUCCAUAUUAUAAAUACCCUUGCUCGUCGAGCCCUUCAAACGGAACAUCUCUCCUGGGUGCCACAUUCACCUCCUUUUGCAAGUACCAGAAUGGAUAUUCUGGGGUUUGGUAUGCCGCCCCAAGGGGAUGGGUUAAGGAAGAAGAUAAACCUCGACGGUGCCCUGGUGCAUCGAAUCCAUGUCCCAUUUAG